AUGCCUAAAAGAAAGAUUCCCUUAGAAGAACUCGACAUAGAUGACAAUGGAUAUGGUAAUGGUGCUGCUGAUAAUGAUUAUAUCGACAGUCCUCAACCAAAUCCCAAAAGAAGACAAGCACAGGGAAGACCUUCAAGGAAUCAAAAUGAACAAGCUGACGUGGAAUAUGAAGAUGUGAACAACCACAGCAACUACAAUAGCAGGGGCAACAAUAAUGGCGCACUUAGUUUAGAUCGCGAGGAAGAUAAGGCGCAUGACGUUAAUUACGUCGUAAAAUUAAUUUUAACCAAGGAUGCCAGAGGUCAAAACUUUCAGAAGCAGCAUAUUAAUCAAUACCUCACUAACAAGAGGUUCAAGACCGACUCGUUGCUAGAUGAUGCCAUUGCCAUUUUGGAAAAUACCUAUGGCUUAACAUUGGUUGAUGCACCCACAGUAAAACAGGAAAAGAAAUUCAAUGCCACACAAACAAAGCAACGACCUGAAGCUGCUGACGACCUAAAUAAUGCUAAUGGUGAAAAGCCCAUAAAGAAGAAUCCACCUAGAAACAGGUUCUUCGUAGCCAGUAAUUUGCUGAAACAAGCGCAGGAAGUAUUGGGCGAACUAUGGAUGAAGAAGGUUGACAGCUCGUUGGACAAGACUAAAAUCGGUGAUGCAAAAUUCUUUAUACCUAAAUACAAGAAAGGCGGAUUACCCAAGCUGAACAUGGAACUUGUAAAGACGGGGAUAAUGAUGCUUGUAACCACACUAGUGAUAUUGUCUGAGAACCACAUCAUGGAGUCACAGUUGGUGAGAAGUUUGAAAAAAUUUGGUAUAUCUGAUAGUGUUAAUAUAAAAAAUACCAACUUGAAUAUGAAUUGGGAAGACAUUUUGAAAGAAUUGGUGAGUCGAGAAUAUUUGAAUAAGGAGCAUCUAAAUACCGAUUCAACAAAUGAUAAGAUUUUCGAUAUAUCAUUGGGAAAAAGAAGCUUGACUGAAUUGGCACCAUUAAGGGUGUAUGACUAUAUAAAGACUUUGUAUGGGUCUGAUUUUAACGAAGUGAUAGCUGAAAGAGCAAAAGUGACGAUUGAAAGGGCGUACCAAGUCCUGUUGAAAGACGAGGUUGAGGCUGAAGCAGUAGAGGCAGACGAUUCGGAAGAGACUAAUAGACAGGAGGGUGAAACGGUACCCAUGGUACAAAGCUGA